GCCGAGGAGAGAAAAUUAAGUGGAACCACAAAUUCUUUACUUAAAAGGGAAAGUGACAAAGUUAGUGAGACAUCCAAAAGAGGAAAGUUGACAAAGUUUUAAUGGUCAAAGGAAGUAUCAUUUUACCUAUUUUUCCAUAUCAUUUUCCCUAGUUUCUUAAUAAAAUACUCCCUCCAUGAUUUUUAUUACUUUGUGCACUUUAUGAUCGUUUUUUACUAUUUAGACAGGAAGUAGAUAAUUUCCUCUAACAAUUAGAGUAAGGAUCUGGGACUCGUGCAAGAGACUAUGAUAUGAACUAUUAAUGCUUUGUAACUAGUGAAUGAAACAAUAACAAGAGAUAGUAAUGCUUAAGUGAAAUUCGAAAGCAAUGGCAAGUAGUAGUGUGAAUCAGAAUGAAUGCUCUCGUUUUUCUAGUAAUCUAUUUAAACUAAUUUUUUCUCCCUAUCCUUGAGCCAACUGUCCACCUUAUUCGCAGGGCUUUUUGAACGUGCUUCAAUAUUUUCUUCCUUUCCAAGCUUCAAGUCGUGCUUAUCCUUUAGCCACCACGAUCAAGUGAUUCAAGUCUUCCACUUCUGUCUCAAGUUGGACUCCUUCCACAUUAUUGGGCUCGAACCCUACUUGGCUAUCGUUCAUGGGAUAGGCUGCUACAAAUAUUUUCACACACCAACAAUUGCCCCCAAUUCCUAGAGUUAAAUGGCAGAGAUUUCGAAAAUUGAAUGCGCCGAUUAACUCUUGGAAUUCCCAACUUGACAUCAUGACCUCUUGAAACCUGCUUAACCAUCAUCACGCAUCUUGAACUAUCCUCAUUCCUUCUCUAAAAAUCUUCUAUGCAUCUCGCCGUCCUCAUCCCAUUCUGCUCGCCAUGGCAUCUAUCACUUUCACCCCACAGCAUAUCCUGGAACCGAAGAGUUCCAAACAAGCGAAACUUACUGAGGCUCAAGUUGACCUUGUUCAAAAUUCAGCCUGGUUUCCCCCUACUGCCGUCAUACGUUUCCCACCAGCCAACGAACGCCUGGAUUGGUCUUGCCCGGGAUGGGUGAACUUUCUUCUUUACCUUUUCAAAAUCGACGUCAAGUUCCCUUUUUUUUUUUCUCUAAUCUGAGGCUUUCUGGAAUUCGUUAAUAUUUCCCCAUCUCAACUCAUGCCCCAAGUAUGGAGGAUUCUACGAGCGCUAGACGUUUUGAGUGAGAAAUAUGUUAUCCCUUUUGAGUUUGAAGACCUUGGGUUCACCUAUGAACUCCGCACCUCAGGACCCGGACGCUUUACCCUAGGCUUGAAGGAAAAGAAAGCAAGACUCAUCCAUAAGGUGGAUAAGGCCAACGAUAGAGGCUGGAUGGGUAUGUAUUUUUUCGUUCUCAAAAACUCACUCGGGAAUGAAGGUUCAUUUCUUGAAGACAAUCUGCGCAAAGAAAAGAAAGCAAUUUCCCUCCCAUCCGGGCCGAAAUCGGGUAAAAGAAGAACGCAAAUCCAUGCCAUUUCUGUAAAAGAUCGCUGGUUUGUAAACCUGGUCGCUGAAUCCUCAGUCUCUAUCGAGGAAUCAGAACAGGAUUCCGACGGUUCUAAAGGGAUUGAGGAAGAAAAUGCAGAUGUGUAUAUUCCCAUGCAGGUCGUUUUUCCGGUGGGCGAAGGUUCACAGACAGUUGUUCCCAACAAAUGCCCCCUUCCACCUACUGCAGCCACGUCCUCUUCCAGUUCUCGUUUGGUUCCAUCCGCUCAUGAACUACUUGCUUUGGCUUCCAGGGAGAAAAGAGCCUCUCCCAGAUUGGCCUCUACUCCCCUGAAACUUCCCAAGGUUGUCACAAUUGACGAGACAAAGCCCAAUAUCCCUCGGCCUCAAGAGACUAAAGCUGCUCCGCUUCCAAGCUGUUGGAUAUAAACUUGUCACUUUCCUAUGAUUUCUACAGCUUGCAAGACGUGUCAUGCUCCCCUCUUCUCCUGAUGUUUCUAAGUGUUUGCCCAUAACUGGAGUGUUAUCUGCGUCAUCAGCUUAUGCCUUUCAUGUAAAUACUUUUUAAUUUCAUUCUUCUCUUGUAACUAGCUUCCUAAACGUGAUUAACUGGUCCACCAGAGUAUGCAAGCGAGUCUGGCUGCUGCUGAGAGAGUGGCCCUGCUAGAGAAGGCUCUCGACGAGUCUAGGCGUUAGGAGUCAAUUUCUCGCUCCCUAGCGGAAGAGAAUGCAAAGCUGGUCCAGGAUUUGCAAGGGGAGGUGUCAGCUCAAUCCACUCAAAUCUCAAGACUUGUUGACAAACUAAAGCGUUGGAAGCUUAUGGACGGAAAAAGAAGCAAGAAGUCACUGAUGCGGUUUGUUAUUACGUCGGGCAAACCAGGGGAGACCUUAUGGCUUCUUUCCUUGUGGGUGAGUCAACUAACUAGAACGCUGAAGAGUACAUUGCUACCUGGAAAAAAGUUUAGGAGGAAAUGGAUCCCCCUAUUGCUGAGGACGGCUUCGAUGUGGGUCAAUCCGAUGGUGAGGCUGACUCCAAACAUUCUUUUUUUUUUUAACCGGACUCCAAACAUUCUUAAACUGCCUCAUUUUAUGACACUUUUGCAAAACACUUCUGACUUUGUUCCCGGUAUCCUGGUGGUUUAUCCAGGAUGGGAAGUACUUAUGACGGUUUUAGCCUGUGCACUUGGUGGUUUAUCCAAGGCCUGGCUUUGUUUUGUUAUGUUUGGUAUGAAAACUUUGAUGUGCUUGCUUUCGUUCUCUAGCAUAUGUGCACUAGCGUUGUCA